AUACAUCUGAGCUGUUACCUAAAGCGGAUGUACAGUUUUAGAACUGUCCUGCUUAGAGUACUUCCGGCGUUUAUUUAGUGUAAACACAACACACAGCUGGAUACACAACAAAUAUCACCUUGAGUACAGAGUUUAAAACCCGUGUGUCCGCCGUCGCGAUGAGGUUUCCUAUUCCCCAUUUUCGUCCACAGAAGACAGCGCUCUUCUGAGAAGCUAAAUUCCAGCGACAGCGACCGAGCUAAGCUAACGCGAAGCCAGAAACCGCUCGCGCUUGUCUUCAAAGUUGGCUCAGUCUAGCCCGUUUAAAAAAGCGCCCUCCUUCAUGUUUGUGUCAGGUCAAUGGGAAACUGUCUAUUUUCACAAGGUGCGGAUGACCUCUCGCCUCUAAACGAGUCUGAGGGGGGCAGUCUGCCCGGAGAGCCGACGGUAACACAACAGGAGCGCAGCCAGCUGGAGUUCCAUCCCAACCCUGGAGAGAGUCGCCCCGUCAGCCAGCUGACCGAGGAAGAGCAGAUCCGGAUUGCCCAGCGCAUUGGACUCAUUCACCACCUUCCCAAGGGCAUCUUCAACCCCGGCUCUGACCCCUCUGAAAAGAAAGUGAUAGAGUGUGUGAUCUGCAUGAUGGAUUUUGAGUAUGGAGACCCCAUUCGGUUUUUGCCCUGCCUUCACAUCUACCACGUUAGCUGCAUCGACCCUUGGCUGAUGCGCUCCUUCACCUGCCCCUCCUGCAUGGAGCCCGUAGACGCAGCCCUGCUGUCCACCUACGAAACCAACUGAGCAGCCUCCCGCUCGGCUGCUCCCGCCUAGAAACAGGCGCACCUCCGUCGGCACGCCUGUCCUGUUUCUGCUCCAACAGGUAGCCCAGGUGGCGUGGGACGAAGCAGGUAUUUAUAGACCGAUGUGAAAGGGGGUUUUGCAGAAAUGCAACGCUUAGGUUUCAUACGCCCGUUUUCUGGAGGUGUGAAAGUGUGUGCCAAAUGACUUUAGAUGAAGAAAAUAGACGAAUAUAUUAGAAGAAUGUUGCCCCACAUCUGCUUAACGGGCAGGCUUGAUUUUUGAAAGUGGUCUUUGCUUCAGGUGUGAUGUGCAAAUGUCACCAGAAAGAGAAAACAUGAAGGGAAGUGAGAAUGUUCUUCAAAUAGUUGUGAAUGUCUCUGAAAUGCGAUCCCUCCCCCCAACGGAGGGUGACCACGCCAAUCUUCUUGAACAAAUUGAUACUGUGAGGUCCCACGACAUUUCAACGUUUACAGUGCUGGGAUGCAAAAUGCUGUCGUUUGACAACUUAUAAGCCUUCUUGAAGCUCUCGUUUUUGAACGGUUUGUUCUGUAGAUCUUUUUUUCUUUCUUUUUUUAAAAGCUGCUUUUCAAGAAAGUUAAUCUAAGUUUUGCCUUACCAGAUAACAAAUCCCAGCCUUUCACCUUGGGGUUGCUUUUAAUGUCACGUUGUAAAAACCCAGUUCCUCUGUGUUCCUCUGUGUUCAUCUGUCUCUAACAUUUACACAAUAUGCUGUGCAAUCUCCUGGAAGCACCUUGAUUUAACCCAAAUCUAAAAACACUGUAGAACUCAGAUGAUUGAGUUUCAUUUCUUUUUUCAGUCGUUUAUGCUGCUGUUGCCUUGAACCUGAAGAUAGCUGAGGAUUUUUUUUUUUUAUUAGUAACCACGCAUUUCCAAAGUUCAUGAGCGGCAACACAGAUCCUUCUAUGAUCUCUCAAUGUAAAGCACACACAUUUUUUAAGAAUUUUGAAAUAAAUGCUACUAAUAGAGGGGAAUGUAAAUGUAAAGCAGGAUUUUACAUAGAUUUGAAUGAUGAUAAGGAGUUGAUAUUAAUUUUACUGUGCACUUUUUGUGCCUUUUUAAGGUAUAUGUUGGUUAAUUCAUGUGAAGUACAAUCAUUUCUGAAAUGGCUCAUGUCUUAAUUUAGCUGUCCUCUAGGGGGAGACAGAUACCAGCCGUUCUCAGACCUUGGAAAGUUUUUCUAUAGCAUGGGUAUGGUGUGGUUCAGUUUUUUGUUUGAAUUCAUUUACCAGCCAACAUUUUUAUAUUAGGAUCUGGUUUUCUAAGGCCAAGGGGAGUUGAUUCCACAGGUAUUGUUCACCCUAAGACACCACGGGAUAAGAGUUAUCGAAUGACUUGACCUAUUAAAAAAAGCUUGUGGGAAAAUGUCUUUUGGCCAAAAUAAAAGCUCGUGAGCUUUUAUUUUGACUCCAUGAAGUUAAAACUUUUUCCCAAAAUAUUUUAGCAAAUGUUAUCAUGGUGACAGUAAAAUAUCACACAGACAGUGUUUUCUUUAGGAGAAAAUCAAGGACUUCUCCUCCUGAGUGGAGCCACACUUUGUCAUGCACCAUGAAUACCCAUUAUGGAAAAAUAUGAGAUUAAGUCGGGAAAAUACUGGCUGUUUUUAAUUUAUGCAUGUUGAGAAACUUCAAUAAAGAUGGAUACCGAGUCUCA